GGCUGCUCGGCGUAGAGAGGAUAAACGACUUUCGUUCAAGCUGAACCGGCGCUAAACCCUUCGUCGAGUGUGUUGAAUGCGUGCACGCGAACUUCGUCUGGCGCUUCCGCCACCAACCCUGGUCCAACGCCCUCCGAGUCUGGUUCUCCUCAUCCUCCCGCACUGGCGGUUUUCAGCUCGCCCCUCAGACCAGCUUCGCCGGGCCUAUAGAUCAACGGACACUCUCGAGUACUAUGACACUCGAGGCUGUAUGCGUCCCUGCGUUUGCUUGUGGCACUGGCGGUGGGCUGCAGAGGCGCAUCGGGAUCAGCCCGCAGCACUGCGACGUGCACCGAGUCACGAAGCACGCCCCUUACCGAGGAUGCAUGGAGGGUUGGGCGCACGCUGCGUGGGAGGCGAACACGACACGACGAGAGAAAGAAGGGCACGGUGAGUAUCAGGCAAUGAAGAAGUGUUACAAGAAAUGGGUCUUUCCAAAGUCGCCGUGAUGGAUAGCAUCCAAAAUGACCUCAUUGGACACUAUGCUGGUACUGACGAUACCUGCCGCUCGUGCUUCACCAGAACAUGCUCAGCAGACCUGACAGCACCCUCUCCAGAUGUUGCAUGGCAUCCUCGGAUAUCAUAUAGCAUUUCAUAUGUGUGAGCGCAUACUCGUUCGUAGUCUGUACUUCAUGACCUGAGCCAUUCGAAU